AUGCCACCGAAAACGCGAAAAACAAAGAUUGAAAAUUCUGAGGAUAGUGAGAAUUCGCACGACAUUCCUGAUUUGAAACCGGAACCUCUUCCAACUUCUGACGAUAGUUACAAGCGAAAAAUUGUAAUUGGCAAAGAAAAUUGUAUCGCUAACUCCCAGAUAAUAAAGCUGCGGCAUCCAAAAGAAGGAUUUGCAUUGUUUCGAAUUGGUGAAGAUAUUUUCGACGAGGUUCUUGCCGUGGACGAUGGGAAUCGGUCAUGGUUUUAUGGAAACAGUGUGAUUGGAGAUGGGUCGGUUCAACUUUUCGCGCCGUUCAAUCCAAUUUUUGUCGUUUUACCAUAUUUGAUUAAAAAUAAGGAAAGAUUUAUGGAAAUAGAAGAUGUUUUGUGCGACGAUCAAGUCGAAGCAAUCAAGGAAUUGUGGAAUCACAAGAAACUUCUUGACGCUUUGAAAAAUGUUGCUGACGUCAAAGAUGUAUGCGAUUCCAAAGUUGUUCGAAUAAAUGAGGAGAAAUUAUUAAAAUGGAUUCGUGGAAAAUUUGAAAUUCUCAAAAAUCAACUGUCCGAUGAUGUUCACAAGUCUCUUUUGGAAAACGAUGAAGCUUUUGAACGAUACGUGUUUUCUUUCUUAUCAGAUUAUUUGUGUCCUGAAAUUUGCGUGAUGGCGAGAAAUAGUUUAAAUAUCAAAGAAGCUCCAGUUUCUGAAAAUAUUGAUAUGAGUAUGAAACGAAAGUUGAUGGACGAGGACGACGAGAUUCCGAAAACAGUUGCCAAGGUAAAAAGAAAUAUGGCAUCGAGAAUCGCAGCUUCUCGUAUAAUACAUGCCGGUCGAGGAAUUGGUCAACCAACCGCGUUCGGAAAAAGGAUGGAAAGGCUUUCGAAUCGUGUUUGGGGCGAAGUAGUGAUGCCAACAGAUACCAAAAGUUUGAAAGUGGUCCGAGUGAUGUCUGCUGAGCCGUAUGAAACCAAAGAGCAACUCUCUCCAGAAUAUUACCCAAAUCUUCCGAUGUUCCAUUAUUUGACGAAAAUGCUUAGAUUCCAUGGAUUGUUCUUCGAUGAUCAUGUUAUUUUCAGAGAGGUUCAAGAUAAUUUAAAAAUUAUCCGCGGAAAAGUCGUUCGACCACCUAUUGGACAAGGCAAACGUGCACAACUUCGUGGCAAAAAAUAA